UCUACCGGUCGUUGCAGCAAUGUUGUGAACAAGAGAUAUACGACAUGGGAUAUACCGCGUUAUCUAACACGUAGAAGACAAAGGUCCAAACACCUCGGGAGGCUGGAUAGUGCGGACAACGAGGCACAAUCUCCUAUUUCAAAAUAUGCGAUAUCAUCGCACACUGAGACGAGACUUCGCGUAGGAAAGAUGCAGUGUAACAUGUUUCCGCGUGUCAUCGUCAUAAUUUUCUUGGCGUCGAAUGUAAGGUGCCUCAACAAUGGCCUCGCCAAGACUCCACCAAUGGGUUGGAAUACGUGGACUCGAUUUCUCUGCAGUGUGGACACCAGUCAAGGUUUGGAUAACACUAUAAGCGAAAAGCUGCUCAUGGAGAUUGCACAGCGGAUGUACUAUGACGGCUACGUGGCAGCUGGUUACGAGUACAUCAUCAUUGAUGACUGUUGGGCCUCGUUUGUCAGAGACAGCGUCUCUAAACGACUCGUGCCCAACAAGGUCCGCUUUCCCGGAGGCAUGGCUAGACUAGCAAAGUUUGUGAACCAAUAUGGCAUCAAGCUGGGCAUCUAUGCCGAUGUCGGGAGUAAGACGUGCGGGGGAUAUCCUGGCAGCCUGGGCUACUACGAUCUGGACGCGAAGACUUUUGCCGACUGGGGCAUCGACUAUGUGAAAGUAGAUGGAUGCAACAUUGACCCUAGGCUAAUGGACAAGGUGUACCCGCAAUUUGGAAAGGCCCUUGCAAAUUCAGGACGAAACAUGGUUUACUCCUGCGAGUGGCCCUUUUACCAAGAACUUGCCGGCAUCAUACCGAAUUACACGUACAUAUCGGAGACAUGCAAUUUAUGGAGAAACUACGGCGACAUGCGAUAUGGAUGGGGCCCGACGCUCGGCAUCAUCCAUUACAUGGCGAUUCUGCAGGACAUCCUUAUCAGCGUUUCUGGGCCGGGAGGUUGGACUGAUCCUGACGUGCUGACAGUUGGAACUUUUGGCAUGACGAGGAAGCAGUACGAGGCUCAAAUGGGCUUCUGGGCCGUUCUGGCAGCUCCGCUGAUCAUGUCGGCAGACCUCCGCAACAUUACCGAUGAAGACAAGGCUAUACUACAGAACAAAUACGUUAUAGCUGUGAACCAGGAUCCGUUGGGCAUCAUGGGCCGGAGGGUGUAUGAUGAACCUUCUGGAAUAGAGAUCUGGCUCCGAUGGGUCGUACCAGUCUCACAUACAGGAGAUAAGUCAGCAGCAAUCCUGAUCUACAAUGGCCGCGGCAUCGGUGGCAUAGUCACCGCAACCUUCGCUCUGUCUCAUUUAAGGAUGCACAAUACUGACGGCUACGUCAUCACCGACCUCUUCGGGGACAACCGGACCAUUGAAACAGCGCUACCAGACCAGCCCAUAAAUGUUGCUGUUGAGCCCCUUAGUGUACGAAUGCUCAAAGCGACUGUAUUGUAGCAGAGCUCGGAAGAAAGGCACUUGGGUUCAAAAGUGCACAGCCGCCCCGAAUAACACUGAAGAUCCUCUAGAUGUACAAAUAGUGGCCUAACGAAUUCGUACGUCCGAUGGGUAUCCGUCGGAUGUAACGAAUCCGGUAGGACAUUAUUCGUACGUCCAGAGGAUAUUCCGUGUUGUUGGGGGAGUGUACUAUGUGUACGUGACACCUUACCACACUUGAAGGAGUGCUUCGUCAUUGUGAGUGCUUUGUUUCUUUUUCUUUCUUUCGUUUUGCGUGACGUUAUCUUUCAUUUUUGCAUCUUAAUCUGAGUGUCUGAUAACAAUGGGUGUGCCAAUGCGUGUGAGUAUUCGUGCGAUUGACUCCGAAUAAUUGACGUAAGCGUCUACGUAUGUUGUGAGGUGAACACAGCAGGUGGGAGACGUGGACUCUCAUAUAUGGCGACGCUUUCAGUGACCAUGUCAGUUUUGCCCAUAUCUGCACGCAGAAAUGGUAUAACAAGGCUGUUUGAUUACCACGACGAUUGGAUGAACUGCGAACUUCAUAAGGCAAACGGCCGUAUAACCACAACGUUAUAUACUCAACCAGCUCCUCCGUAGUGAAGCAUGAAGAGGAGGCAUCAAGCUGACUUUGUUUUUUCACUAGAUGUGUACAGUGUUCCGAUUUCAGUUUAACAUUUGCAGUACUGGGCAGCGGCUGCACUACUAAUUAAGCUACAUAUGUAAUAGCCGGACGCCAAUUGUAUUUUUUCUAUAUAAAAUCACUGAUACUA